AUGAUUCCUCAAUCACCUUCUAGAUCUUCUCAAGCCGAUCGACUCAGUUUUCAUCAACAUCCGGCUUCUCAAUCAGCUCUCGAAGGAGAUAUUCUCCCCCAGGAGAAAACCAAGUCUGGUCCUGAUGACAAUACCUCCUCUUGGCCCGUUGAACAACCGCCAUUAGAAACGUUUGAUGAAAACGCCUUGUUGAACCUACCUCCUCCAUUACCUUUCGACCUGAGAGUUGAGAAUCUCUUAGUGGGAGUUCCCGGAGGAAGAGGGGGGUUGAUACCCCCUUGGAUCGGAAAUUAUCUCAGUAGUCUGAGCAAAAAGACGGAAAAGGGUGAUAGAGCAGGGGAACAAGGUGGAGGAGAAAGGGGGAAAAGGAAAAGAUGGAUCUUGAAAAAUGUCGGAUGUUCAUGUUCUUCUGGAGAGAUGUUAGCUAUUCUAGGAGGAAGUGGAUCAGGAAAAACAACCCUCUUAAACGCUAUUGCCCAUCGUUUAUCUGGAUUGCCCAUAGAAGAUGGUACAGUAGGAUAUUACCCUUCUUCUCGAUCUGUUCCAGCGGUGGAUACGGCUAGACAAUUGACUAGGAAUGAAGUCAAAAGGAGAAUAGGGUUUGUAAGACAACAAGAUUAUUUGGUCGAGCAUCUGACGGUGAGGGAGACUUUGACAUAUGCCGCUCGUCUCAGACUCCCGACUACCCUCAGUCAUGAAUCAGUCAAUAUGAUAGUGGAGCAAACUAUCGACGAACUGGGUCUACGUGACGCAGCGGACACUGUCGUAGGAGGUCCCCUACGUAAGGGGAUUUCCGGGGGAGAGAAGCGUCGACUAUCCAUAGGCUGUGUACUUGUCACCCUCCCCAGCGUCCUCAUCCUCGACGAACCCACAUCAGGUCUUGACGCAUUCACUUCCUACCUCCUCCUUCUUACUCUCUCUCAAUUAGCAAGAAGGGGCCGUACUGUCAUUCUCUCAAUUCACGCUCCACGAUCAGACGCUUUCUCUGUGUUCGAUCGCAUAGCACUUUUGUCAAAAGGCGAAAUUGUAUAUUCCGGUUUGAGGGAAGAUUGUUUAAGCUGGUUCUCAUCAUUAGGACAUACGGUAGAUAGAGGUGUGAAUCCCCUUGACUUCCUCAUUGAUAUCUCCACAAUCGACAAUAGAGAUGGCGAAAAAGAAGAAAUAACAAAACAACGUGUCAAAUUUCUGGUUGAUUCAUGGAAAACAAGAGAUUCAACAUGGACGACUAUAAUUGAAAAAGAACCUUUAGAUUAUAGGAUUGAUAAUCCUUCCGUUGGUCGUAUUGAUGAUUCACAAAAUAUCAAUACUCGUACUGGUCCUGGAGGUAAUUCGAUUAAUGAUGAUUUACAUCGGGUCAUCACAGGUCAGAUGGAUGGUACGGUACAAGAUGUUCAACGACCUGGUUUUUCAAAACAAACGAGGGUCCUAUUAGCCAGAGCACAUAAGAAUGUUUAUAGGAAUAUCCCACAGUUGAUAGGUUUGUUAUGUCAAGCUAUAUUGUUGGGUGUUAUUAUGGGUGUCACUUUCUAUCAACUUCCAGAUACUCCUACGGGUAUACAAAGUCUCAAAAACUUGACAUUUCAAUUCAUCCCUGGGGUUCUCUACCUCCAACAAGUGUUCUGGAUCUGGAAAUUUUGUAACGACCUAAUCAUCUUUGACCGAGAACGUGAAGAUCGUCUCUAUGAUGUGAUACCUUAUGUCAUUUCUGAUUGGUUGUCGUUCUUCCUUCCGAGUACUUUAUCACCAGCUAUAUAUUCGAUUUUACUAUAUUUCAUCGCUGGUUUGAGGAAAGAUGAUGUAGCUGGGAAUUUGUUCACUGUGGUUGCUUCUACUGUUGUUGUACAAUACUGUGUUCAGGGUUUGGCGUUUCUGUCGGUAUGUCAUCCCGUCCUACACCCUUCAGAUAAAGCUGAGGAAAGGCGUCAUUACUUCCAUGUCUUCGGGAUUUAUCCUGUGAGUCUUGAAAGUAAACAUCGGCUUUGUGAGCUGACGCAAAGGGUACAUGUGCCAGUGUACGUCUCUUGGAUCCGAUGGAUUUCUCCGUACUUUUAUUCUUAUCGAAUACUCGCAACGACACAAUUCAAAGAUAGGACCUUUCACUGUCCUCCUGACUCCUCGGCCAACCUAGACCAGUGCAUCGGUAACAACGUUUUGCGAGGAUUGAAUGUUAGUCUCGACAUCAACAUUGGCGCUUGGUUCGGAGGUCUAAUCGGUCUCGCUCUGGUUGAAUAUGCCUUGGCUUGUCUGGUUCUCUGGGUGUACCCCGCAGGAGGCGUGAAACAUGCAGCGGAGAUCGAAUCGCAUCAUCGUGGCAAGCAGACAGAUGUCAUAGAGAGUCAUAUGACCAGAGAUCGUAUAGAUGUCGAGGUUCGGAAUUUGACACUCAACUGGGAGCGUCGUGGUAGGGGAGUGAUGAAAGAUCGCAAAAAGGUCAUUCUCGACGACGUAUCAGUUCGCUUUCCCGCCGGAGAGAUUUCUGCCAUCCUCGGACCGUCCGGAGCAGGAAAAUCCACUUUAUUACAACUUCUUGCUGGUCGUAAACUUCAAGCUGGCGCUUCUGCUCGUUUCAUCCGAACGGGUGAUAUGUUAUUCGCCAACGAACCUGCAUCUACUUCCUCCCAAUCCAAUAUCGCCUUUGUGGAACAAGAUGAUGAUUGGCAUCUCCCGUCAUUGACCGUGAGGGAGACAUUAAGAUAUGCUGCCAUUCUUCGAUUACCAAAUAAAAUGCCUAAGAAACAAAAGAUCGCCAGAGCUGAAACUGUUCUGUUGAUGCUUGGUCUUAAGGAUUGUGCCGACCUACCAGUCGGAGGAGCGUUGUUAAAGGGGAUUUCAGGUGGAGAGAAACGAAGACUUUCGUUAGCUGUGCAGAUGAUCAACGAUCCUGCCGUCUUAUUGGUAGAUGAACCGACAUCUGGAUUAGAUGCAAGUAUAGCACUCAGCGUUAUGCAAGUUUUGAAAGAUAUAGCUGCUUCAGGUCGUACGGUCAUAGCGACCAUCCAUCAACCUCGUAGUGAUAUCUGGCGUUUAGCCGAUAAUGUGACUCUUCUCGCUAAAGGUGGUAUAAUAGCUUUCAGUGGUAAACGUUCUUCAGCAGUGGAUUAUUUUACAUCUAUAGGACAUCCAAUGCCAUCGGAAUUUUUCAACCCUGCCGACCAUCUCUUAGAUUUAGUCUCGAUAGAUCCUCGUUCCACAAAACAUGAGAUCUCUUUAUCCCGAGUUUCCCAUUUAACUUCCCUUUGGAGAUCUCGUAAAACCGAAACUAUAGUGGAACCUUUCUCAAGUUCAACUACCAUUUCAAGAGGAUCAGGAACUACGUCUAUCUUGGUAGCUUUACCAGUAGUAUUAUCACGUCAUUGGAAAUCACUCUGGAGAAGAAAAGAUAUUUUCUUCAAUAGGUUAUUCCAAACUCCACUAUUAGGAGCAAUGUUCAUUUUAUUUUUUCAACGUUUAACACAUGGACCUUCUGGUGCACAAGAUAGAAUAGGUAUUACAAUCGAAAGUACUUCAGCUAUAGCUUUUGUUGGAUUGUUAAAUGCUAUGGCUAUCUUUCCAGGGGAAAGAAAUUUAUAUCUACAUGAAAGUCAAAGUAGUGCGAGAUAUUCUGCUGGGACGUUUGUGGUUUAUUAUACUUUGGUGGAGAUUUGGAUGGAGGUCUUAGCUGCUUGUGGGUAUGCGGCUAUUAUGAACAUCGGAGUAGGAAUGCAGACUUCCGCUAGAAUUUAUUUCGAAUUCGCUACUACCAUCUUCGCCAUGACCAACAUGGGAGAAAGCUUCGCCAUGAUUUUUGGCGCUUGGAUCAAUACCGAAGGGUUGACAGUGACAGUUGUCUCCACUAUCCUCUCCAUCAUUGGACAGAUAAGCGGUGUCGUCUCCCUUUCUUUACCCGCUUGGUUGGGAGGUCUUGCAUGGGCGUUUUGUACCAAAGCCGCAACAAGAGUGCAGAUCAUCAAUGAAUGUUUGGGGUUAAUGUUUAACUGUACGAACGAGGAGAUACAGUCAGGUGUGUGUAUCGCAAGAAGUGGAGAUCAACUUCUCGCCCUGUUCGGAUGGAAAGAUCUUAGCACGGCUCGAUAUGUCGAAAUCAUGCUUGCCGUAGCGGUGGCUUGGAGGAUAGUAGCUUGGGGUAGUAUAGCAUUCCGAACUAGACAAUGGUGA